AUGUAUGGAAGUUCUGAAGAGGCUGUCAAUUUUCACCUCCCUAAAAAGGUCAGUCGCGCGAAUUGUUGUUGCAAUUUAACAUGGCUUAGCAAUACGUUGAAAUUAUCGAGAGGGGAUGAGUUUUAUCGUUGGAUUUACCUUUCAUAAUCCUGGAAGUAUGUCAUCGUGCUAAACGACGAAGAUCUAGCAUGUGACACGACCACACACUUCGAUCUGCUUCUAUGUGAUCGCAUAGCUCUUGAGUAGCAAUUUGCCUAUAUUCGAUGCUUCGUAGUGGAAUAUUGAUAUCUAACGGAUUCUAUCUUAUAAAUUCGAAUAGCAAUAACAUUGCUUAAUUUUGAGAAUGUUUCACUGACGAUUUUUAGUUGAUCUGACCAUCAUUUAUCUGCCUGGUUAGAUAAAAGUGCGCGGUUAGCACAAGCUUUUUUAUUAUUUUAUGUUAGUCGUCAGAAUUCAGUGAUGCUUCGGUCAUUUGAAUUUACUAAAUGGCCUUGGGUUAGCUGUGAGCGUUAUUUGUAUGCAAAACUGUUUGACUUUAUUGUGGUGUCAUUCCCUGACAUUUUCAGGUAUUUACGAUGAGCAAGUCUAUAUAUUUAGUCACGUUAACAAAGUUUUUGCUCCUUAGGGGGUAUGAUUGAUGAUGAAUCACAGUAUGACUAAACAAACCAACACGAACGAAGCGCAAAUUUCAUGCCAAACCAAAUCAUCAAGCUUUAUUAUCCAUGUACAUGCAACUCUAGCUUUCCGUAUUUCAAAAUAAAAAGGUAAUAUUAUUUUCACCAGUUACUUUGUUUCUUAGAGUGGUAGUCAGUUUCAUUUUAAGAUUUGAAUGUUCAUUAGGUUAUAAUUAUAUCAUUAUAUUAUGUCCAUUUUGUGAGAGUGGCAGUGUAAAUUUGGUUUUGCCAACACUGAUUUUAAGAUAAAUAGAGUUAGCCACCAUAAAUGUAUUCAGAGCCAAUAUCGCUUUGAACGUUAACACUCAUGGAAAACAAAUUUCAUGUUCAGGUUAGAGAACUAAAAAUAUAUUCAACAAUUUUGACAGUUCAAGCAAUGAGUGAAGACAAAAUUAUUUCAAUUCAUCCAAGUACCCUGUCAAUGGUUCCCAAAGUACAUGAACUCAGAAGGUUUAUGCAGAGUCUUAAUUGCUUCAGAAAGUAUGAAAACAUUUACAAACUAGUUUUCCAACCUGUGGAAAAAGCAUUGUUAAUAAGGAUUAAGUUUGCAGGAGCAAAAAAGGGAAAAUUUUUGAGUUGAUUUCUAAGAUUAAAUUAACGAACGCUCACUUACGUAUUUAAAAUGACAGUAAAGUCAAAAUUAUUUUUCUGAAUUGCCGUACUGACCAUUUAAAUCUGUCUCAUCCAACAUGUCAACUGCAGAUCUUACAUGAACACUUUCCACUCUAUUUCCAGUGUAAUAAUGUUUCUGUCUUUUUCAAAUUUCUUCUUAUUCCUUGUCUGCUAAAAACCAAAGUCAAAAGAUACGCAUUUUUUUUUACAAAAAAACAAUAUCUUGCCAGUAAAUUUCUCUUGAAAGUUACAAGUUUAUCCACUGGCAAGGUUUCUGCCUAAGAAAAUUUUUUCGGAGCCUUCGAGCUCCUAAAAUAAUAAGUUUGGAGCCCGAUCGACAUUUCUAGGAGCCUGUUCAAACAAAAUAAGGAACUUUAUUAAACGUGCAACAACUGGUACACUAAUUGGUUGAUCGAUAAACUUCAAAUUUAUAAUUUACGCAACUCAAGGGCACAAAUAGUUGCAUAGUAAAGGGUCAGCUAACAUUCAAUGGCCAAUUUCCUUUUUUCUGUGCCAGAGGUUUUUUUCCUUCAUUGUAUUUCAAGAACAGUGGAACCAGGGUGUCUAAAGCUAACCUGGUAGUUUUAAUUAGUUCACCAAAAUGACCCUGUCAAUAGUUUCUGUAUCUUAAUAUAAGUUGACGGUCAUGACCAGAUCCUCGAAACUUGAUUUACGCUUCUCGAAACCCAAGUCUCCCUUACAGCCCUUUUUGUCUAGUCACACAAUGCUGUAAAGGAGCAUUGCGUGACAAGAAAAAAACAGAAGACUUGAACCAAUCGAGUUUUGAAAGAAGAAAAAUCAAAUCUCGCUUUUUAAGAAACCAGCAUUUUCUAUAUUCACCACCUGAAAGGAUUUUGAGAAAUGAUUUACUUUUCAUGUACAGCGAAAGCAACAACCAAUGGGUAUGUAUUUACGUGUGUUGGGUGCGACGGCAUGAAUUAAAAAGAGAUUGAAAUAUGAUCUGCUGCGAAAAAGUCAUGAUGUUAAUAUCGAAGGCAUUUCUAAUAAUUAAAUUCGAUCAUUUGACACCAUUUUCAGAUGAGAAACAUCAACUGCACUGCAGUGGGAUUUCAAAGCAAGUGCUUGUUUGUUUACCUUUUAUCAGCGGAAAUAUUUUAUUACCUCAGCCGACGAUGAAACGUUUUCAAUUUUCAUUUUAAAAGUGCAGAGUGAGCAGGGAAUUUUGUUGUUCAUUCAUGGGUGUUACAAUGUAGCGUGGGAAUCAUAAGUUUUAGGUGCCUAUUCUGACUCCUUGUUUGAACUAUUCGGUCGCCUGUGGGCAAAUCGUAGGUGCCUCUGGCAACCGGAUGACCAUUAGGCAGCAGCCUUAACUGGUGUGUGUAAAAUGACCAAAUUUAUUGUGGUAUCUGAUUCAUAAUUCUUCAUGGCUAGCCUUUAGAAACUCUUUGUUUCAUUGGAAGAUAACCAGUAAAAUUUAGUUGGAUCAAAACAUGCAAUAAAUUAUUAUUAUUCUUGUGCACAACCCAUGAUGGUGGAUGUACUGUCAAAGCAUGUCUGCAAAAACAUGUAAAGUUGUAUUAUUACAGUUCAAGUGUCUUGAUGAUAUUUUAGCCUACAUAACAAACAAGGGUACUCUAUUUGCUGUUAAUAUUUUAAAAAACGUAUGUUCAUCGGGACCUUCCCGCCAAAAGUUUAUUUGCAGGAAGUUUUAAUUUUGUACCUUCAGAGUUGGCUGAAACCCGAAUGCACAUAUUUAUAUUUUAAUAUAGUAUUUAAAUUUGUUAGUUUACCUUAGGUCAUGAGAGAAAUGCUGGAGCACCUUGUCUGAAAUGUGGACCUGUGCAAUGUGAAGGUGGAUUAGAUUUGCACUUCUGGAGGUAAUGUUACUCUCCAAUGAGGCUGUCUGCAUACUUAAAAGGGAAGUGAAUUGAGUGGGAGAUGAAGGUGGGGCUUUAAUAUGCUUCUCAUUCCUUCGGUUUGAGUUUCUUGCAGUUUCGUUGGUUUAUCUGUAUUGAUUGUAAUGAACUAUUUCAUUAUAUAAACACCAAUGAAAUACCAUGUGAGCUUUUGCACGAAAACAUGAUAUCUUUUUUGUGAAAAUAACCAGCGUGCAAAGAAAGUAGUGUCCGAUAGCCCGGGGUUGGUGGAUUUUGCUAUCAGGCUAGUGAAAUCUGUUUUUAACUUGCCCGACGGGCAAGUGAUGUUCUUUGAGGAAUUUGAAUAACAGAAGAAAUGUGAAAUCAAUUCUGCUCGACGAAAAGCUUUUUGGGCUAGUUGAAAUGAUGUCUGGGCUAGUAAAUGCUAGCUUCAGCUUGCCCAAAUAGCAAGCUGUAAAAAUGAUUUUCUUUGCACCCUGAUAACAUAUUAUCUUCAUACGUGAAAAGAUCACUGUUGCUAUGGUUACAUAAUAAAUCGUGCCUUUCACAACAAAAAACUAUUAAAGUGAAAUGGUUUGGUAUUUCAUUGGUGUUUAUGUAAUAAAUAGAACAUUACAUGGCCAGUUGGAGAUAUGAAAUUUGUCUUCUGGUGUUGAAGAAAUAUUUUUCAACACACGAAGAGAAAUUUUGUAUCUCUACUCAGCCAUGUAAUAUCCUCUAUAUCUUUUCUCUCUUCUUGAAGGCCUGUUCCUGGUUGUUCAAAUGUUCACUAUCCCAGGGCUCAAAAAAAAACUUGCAUUCAAGCCUGUCCUUUUUGAAGCAGCUCACAUAUUGCUUGCCAAGGCCACUGCUUGCUUGUCUUUAAUUAUCUGGUAGAGGAUGACUUGCUUGUACCCUUACCCACUGGGCAAGUUAAGGAAGCUUUAAAAGUUACUUGCCCAGCAAGAAAAUCCACUUGUACCAGACUGCUGGACGGAACUUUUUUCAAGCCCUGCUCAGGGUGUUCAUUAGGCGUCAGAGAUUAGGGAAUUCCCCAUUUACUAUGCAGAAUUCUCCGACAAGCGUUCAGUAGCUUAUGACUAUUUUUCAUUCAGACGUGGAGCUUCUUUCAAAAUGUUCUCCUGUAACGUUACACAUAUCUCCUGCUAUUUGGAUUCUUAAUGAAAACCCUGCCUGCUAUACACCAGAUACAUCACUAUCCAGUGGAUAGGUAUUAGGGAAAAUAAUAAUGUGUUAUCCUCUGGAUAGAGAUUUACCCAGUGGAUAGUGCUUUCCACCUUGAACAACUUUGGCCAGGUCUAAGGCUUAGCCAAUGAGUUAGUAUCCAGUUGGCAACUCUACUAUCCACUCUUUGGACAAAUCAUGACGUGACUGUCAAAUACAAUGUAAUAAUGUUUAAGGAGACUUUCUGGCUGUUUUGCCAUGAAACCCGCCAGAGAUAUGGCUUCUUAUCUACCAAAGAGAAUUACAGUGAACUCCCUUUAUUGCGGACACUGUAGAGACCUCAAGUUAGUGUCUUCUUUAGUGAGAGUCCGUAAUAGUGGGAGUUUAUUUCAGUCAAACAUCUGUUAUUUGUUUUUCCCAGGGAUUUAGCUACUGUCCAUAUCAUCAGGGUGUCCAUUAUAGUGGGGUGUUAGCAAGGCGAGAGAUAACUGUACUCAGUGUUUCUUCUCUUUCUCAGGAAAAUCUGCAAGACUUGCAAGUGUAAACCAGAGGAACAUGAUAUCAAGAGUGCAGAAGAAGAGGCCCACAAACUAGUGGUACACAGUCUGUUCUCCAAAGAUUCCCCUGUGGGACACAUCAGGGACUACUUCCGUAAAUUGGAAGAAGCAAAUAAUACUCAGCGGUCUGAGUAUGCCAGGCAGUUUGCAUGGACUCCCCCCGGACUGCAGCAGGGUGUGGUAGGUAUCCAACAUUUGUCUUACUAUAUAAAUUAUUUUUGGACAAAGCCUUUCUAGCACAGAUAGUUGUUACAUGCAGGGCUGUCAUUAAGUUUUGAAGCAGGCACAAGUUUGAGCAGGCAUGACUGGAAAGAUUCCAGUCGUAGCAUCCUAAAAUAUGGCCAAAGGCCAUGUAACAAAAGGCCCAAAGGGCAUGAGUGUCUAUAGGGGUCUAGGGGCGUGCCCUCUAGAAAAUUUUUAGAAUAUUAUUAUUUGAUUUUUGGUUUCCAAUGAGGACCAUGAGUUAGGCAAAUAUUCAUGGCCACUGUACCAAUGUGAUAGCAGUUGAUUACACUCAAAAUCUGACCAUUCCAGUACUAUUUUUAUUCACAACUUCUAAGAAAUUCCAGCUUAAAGAGUGUUGCAUUCCUCAAAAAAAAACUUCCUGCCUCUUGUUUCUAAAAAGUAGUUAAUCAUUUUUUUGUGAUUUAUUCACAGCUAAUGAAGUACAUGGAGUCGCUACCCCCUGAGGUUAAACCUAAAGUUGGAAGUGAUGGUGCUAAGUAUCGCCGCAAACAAAUGAUGUAUCAGUUACCAAUCCAUGACCAUGAUGAGAACUACUGUGACAAUUUAACUGACGCUGAAAGAGACAGCAUGAGGCAGUUCUGUGAUGACAGGAACCAAAAUGCUCUGGGUGUAGGAGAUGUGAGAGAGAAAACCAACCCUGUCUCUAAAUGGGUAUGUACAUGUAUUACUAUAAUCAUUGUAGCACUGAUUCACUCUGCACGUUUCUUGAAAGACUUAAGACUGCUUGCCCCACAAACGAAACUAAACGUCUGGUUAAGUCCCUCUGCAAGCCAGGACCGGAAUCCUUGUCCUGGGUCCCCACCUGUGUACCAGGAUUUGAGUAUGUACCAUGACUGGCCUGUUAAAAAAGCCAUUGUCAAUUUGCCAGUCAGGUUGAAGGGAAAUUCAAAGCGCACUUGCAGUAAUUAACUGAGUCCAUUGGGGCCCAGAGCAAAGAGCAGGGGUUCAUUUAUAGAUUACAUCCGAGCGACACCGGCUCCUAAAAACACUACUGCUUAAUAAUGCAUUUUGUUUAAUGUUACAUUUUUGUUACACUUAAGCAUGCAUAAAACAAAAAUGGGAAAUUUUAAGAAAGCUUCACAUUUUAUUUAUCCUGCAGCCAUGAAGCUCUGAAAAACCUUUACUUUCAUUGUCCUUUAAAAGCACCUGUUGUUUAUAGGGCUAGGGGUGUAGUUUAAUUACUUACACUGUAGCUAAUUAUAUAAAUCGUUCUUGCAGCUUCAUGACGCCCCAAUGCAUCACAUCAGUACCGUCACACUUUCCAACAAGUACACAUUUAUUAAAAGAUAACUCGUCUGGAAAAAAAACAGAACUGUUGCCACACUGUGGUUACUAUCUGAAAGUGUAUGGUGUUUUUUCCUCAUAGGUUUGUGUUCGUUGUCGUCAAAACAUCGGCCUUGGAGAGAUUGCUGUUUUUGCUUCUCGUGCCGGAGAGAGUAGAUGUUGGCACCCAGGCUGCUUUGUGUGCCAGAUUUGUAACAAUCUCUUGGUGGACCUGAUUUACUUCUACAAGGAUGGAGGCAUCUACUGCGGCAGACACUACGCUGAGAUGUUUAAGCCCCGCUGUGCUGCUUGUGAUGAGGUGAGAGAAUCUGAUGUCUAUGUUACUGUUUGAUAGACUUUGUUCUUUCUUGGUCGUGUUGCGGACGGUGCGAUCACCAAAUGACGUACAGCUGUAAUACAAAUGAUUGAAAAGACACUAAACUCCACAUCACCACACCAACCAUAUAUUUGUUGUUUCUCGCCUGCAGCACCAAGAAACAUCCUAAACUUUCAACGUGAUUUACUGACAGCUCCAAAGCCCUAUUCACGGUCAAAGCGUCAACAAUCAACCUGCCCCGUUUGCGGUAGAAGCAUAAACGCUUAUUGUUAGUUUAUUUGUCACUAGUUAUAGGACUGUUAUAGGACUGCAUGCAUGUAAACUUUUUUAAUUUCAGUUUUGUAUCCUGUUUUAGUUUUGUAGUUUAGCCUACAGUUUUCAUUUCUAUAAAAAAUAAUUUCUGUCAUUCUGACCACAGGCCGUAUAAGCCCCCGGCUUUGGCUUUACUGAGUUUGUACUAUCUGAGCGAUGGAAUAAUAAAGUUAAAGUGAAAGUUAAGUUAAGUCCGUCUUACAGAGGUGUCCGUUAAGAGAGAGUCGACUGUAAACCAGGUUUUCAAGUAAAAUUUGGACUUGUGCCUUCAUUUUUGCCAAAUUUGUAGUCGACCAAAACCUUUAGGUAGCUGUUACAAAGGAAUCAAAAUAAUUUAUACCAUGUUUAACGAAACAGGUUUUAAACAUUUUUAAGCGUUGGUGUGAACGGGGCAGUACUUGCUAGCAAACACGAACACCGACCAGUCAAGGUCAGGGAGAGCUUCGUCUUUCUCCGCUCGUGUCUUCCUCUUUCACGCGCAGCAAUUUCUGGUACCCAUAAUUCUUAUGUCCUGCCAUACAGGCUAAAGCCCCCCAAAAAAUCCCAACAAAUUCUUCAGUAAAUUACAGACAAACUAUUUUUGUUGCAGUUGAUCUUUAGCCGGGAAUACACUCAGGCCGAAGACCGUAACUGGCAUCGCAAGCACUUCUGUUGUUACGAGUGUGAUCGGGAUCUGGGUGGGCUACUGUACGUUGCACGUGACGGGCAUCCACACUGCAUGGAGUGCUACAAUCGCCUGUACGCUAAGAAAUGCUCAGAAUGCCGUAACGUCAUUGGCGCAGACGCUCAGAGGAUCGAAUACGAGGGAGAGUUCUGGCAUGCGCGAGACGAGUGCUUCAAGUGCGCAAUGUGCAAGACAUCACUGAUUGGAAGGCAGUUUCUUCGUCAUCCAAGGAAGAACAAGAUUUUCUGUUCCACCGAUUGCGCCAGAAGAUACUAG